AUGCAGCUUUGCAGGCUCCGGACUCACCAGUGGUGCUUCAUUCUCUUCAAUGUCUUCCUUUUCCACAUGCUGCUUUUCGGGGCAGAUUUACUGGAGGAAUAUUUCCUGCACUCAUUGCCUUUUCCUUACACCGACGCAAAGGCUCUGGAGAUCAGGGAGAGGGCCAGGAAGCUGGACAUGGAUCCUCUAAAGGCCAAUCUCUCUUACCCUGUCAGCACUGCAGCAACAUGCUCUGACAGAGAGAUAUUUUUGCUCAUUCUGGUCUGCAGCAGCCCAGAAAACAGGACGAGGCGCAACGUGAUCAGACAGACAUGGGGCAACGUGACAGACACGGAAGGGUAUGCUGUGCUGACUCUGUUUGCUGUAGGAAAAGCAGCUGCAGUGACCACCCAGCUGGAGCUCAAUGAAGAGGCUCAGCAGCACCGAGACAUCCUCGAAGGCAGUUUCAUCGAUUCCCCCGAGACGCAGACACAGAAGCUGAUGAUGGCUGUGGAGUGGACAGUGACUUUCUGUCCCCACGCGAGGUACAUCCUUAAAGCAGACGAGGACGUGUUUGUCGGUGUGCCCAGCCUGGCUGGCUACUUGCUGAGCUUAACACAGCUAGAGGACACCUACCUCGGGAGGGUCAUUCAUCACAGAGUGCCUGACAGAGACCCCAAGAGCUCUGGCUUUGUUCCCACCCAGCAGUAUCCAGAGGAGUUCUACCCAGACUACUGCGAUGGCAGAGCGUUCGUCAUGUCCCAGGACGUGGCUCGCAAGGUGUACGUGGCAGCCAGGGAGGUGCCAGUGGUGGUGCCCCCUGACAUCUUUGUGGGGCUGUGUGCUAAGAAAGCUGGCAUCACCCCCACCCACAGCUCUCGCUUUGCUGGGGAAAAGCACAUCAGCUACAACCGCUGCUGCUACAAAUUCAUUUUCACCUCUUCCAACAUGCAGGAGGAUGAGCUGUUUCAGGACUGGGAGGAAACGAGUGAUGGGGAGGAUUGUUCCUUGCUGGAGACUUACUACAGCCUGGUGUCCUGCAAGGUUCUGACCUACAUUGAUAAGUUCAAACAGUUUAACUUGGAUAGAAUCAAGAACGAGGUGCUUCAUUUUGUCAAUUAG